CAUAAUAGUCGCAUUCGGUGUUUGUGUUUGCCACUUGUCUUAUCACUCGCAGACACGGCAAUAGGUGUUUAUUGCUGUUUAUAACUUAGAAUACACACACCUCUUACCGUGGCAAACCUACUGUAAAGCCAUACAGUACCUAGCGAUAGCAUUAGCUAACUACAAUGUGGAAAGCCAACCCCCAUUAGUUUGUUAGUCGCUAUGGUAACCGUAUUCGGUGCCUAGGAUAGCUAGCGUAAGAUUACGUCAAGCUAGAUAACCUCACUUAGUUAAUGCUAGUUAACUUACGACGGGGAAUAAAGGAUACAGGAAUGCCCCAAAUAAAUAACCGUUUGGUGGACAACCUAAUAGAAGAUGAAGCUGAGAAAGAGAGUCUUCUUGCCAGACCAACCUGCUUCAUCAUAGUUGGAAGACCGGGUGUUGGCAAAUCCACUUUGGCCAAAAAAGUUGCAGAGUCCUGGAAGUGUAUUUUAAUUGAUGACACAGAUCUGCUCAACACACACAUUAAAAAUAAAACAAAGCAAGGCAUAGAGCUCUUGAAUAUCUUAUAUGGGGGGAGAAGUAUACCAGAAGACAUGGUUCUCCAGCUGAUUCUUGCCAGGCUUAACUCACCAGAUGUGGAGCACUAUGGAUAUGUACUGAGCUGCCUGCCAUUCAUGUCAGAAGAGUGUCUGAAGAUCCCUGAGCAGAUUGAGCUGAUCAAAAACCUCAAGCUAACACCUGAUUUCAUCAUCAACAUCAAGUGUGCAGACAAGGACCUGGUCUAUAGACUGUCAGGUCUGAAGCAGCACCCAGAGACGGGGCAGCUGUACAACAGGGAUCGGUGGAAGCGUGAAAAGGUGUUUAACAAGAAGAAGGAGAACAAGGAUGAGGAAAUGGAGGAUGAAGAGGAGCAG